AUGGGAGUCCCAUUCGAUGAUGAGCUUGAACAACUCCGCGCAGAGAAUGAGGCCCUGAAGGUGGAGGUCCAGCGCCUGCGCCAGGCGCAGAGCUCCUCCCUGCCCGAACCCAGAUCUCAGAAUGACUUGGAGACUCCCUCAACCCACUCCUGGGAUGGCCUGGGGCAUGGCUUGAGCCGGGACGACAUCGCCAGGUACAGCCGGCAGAUCAUCCUCCCCAGCUUUGGCGCCCAAGCUCAGGGGAAGCUGUGCCGAGGCUCGGUGCUGAUCGUGGGGGCCGGGGGCCUGGGAUCUCCCGCAGCGCUGUACUUGGCGGCAGCUGGCGUGGGACGCAUCGGCCUCGUGGACAAGGACACGGUGGAGCUGAGCAACAUCCACCGCCAGAUCAUCCAUAGGGAGGGGACGGUGGGCCAGCACAAGUGCGACUCGGCCGCUCAGUCCAUUGCCGGCCUGAACUCCCGGGUCCAAGUGGAGCUGCACAGGGAUGGCUUGACCCCGGAAAACGCCGUCGGCAUCGUCACCCGCUACGACGUCGUCGUUGACGCGUCAGACAACGCCCCCACCCGCUACCUCAUCAGCGACGCCUGUUGCGUGGCUCGCAAGCCUUUAGUCUCGGGCGCGGCCAUCGGCCUGGAGGGCCAGCUGACCGUGUACUGCGCCGGGGAUGAUUCACCCUGCUACCGGUGCCUCUUCCCCGAGGCGCCCCUGCCCCAGAGCUGCUCCCGCUGCUCCGACGCAGGGGUCCUGGGUGUCGUGCCCGGCAUCAUCGGGACGCUGCAAGCCCUGGAGACCAUCAAGCUGAUCUCGGGUGUCGGCCAGCCACUCAGUAGGAAGCUGCUCCUCCAGGAUGCAUGGGCCGGCAGGUUCCAGUCGGUGAAGCUGCGUGCCAGGUCUGCUGGCUGUGUGGCUUGCGGCGACGCGCCCAGCAUCACGGCCGAGACCCUGGCGGACUAUGACUAUGCGGCAUUCACUGGCCAGGCUCCCAAUGAUGGGCCGCCGCGCCCGCUGCGCCUUUUGAACCCGGAGCAGCGCAUCACUGUGCAGCAGCUGCGAGACAGGCUGUCGUCUGAGCAGGGAUCAUCCACCGCUUCAACCGACCCUUCCGCCCCCCCUCUAGUGAUCGACGUGCGCCCGCCCGAGCAGUUUGCCAUCUGCCACCUGCCGGGCGCGGAGCACAUGCCCUGGGCGCGCUUUGCGCGCUUCGAGCAGCGCCUCUUGGACCUGGCCGCCGGCGACCGGCCCAUCGUGGUCAUGUGCCGGCGUGGGAACGACUCGCAGAGGGCCACCGCCCGCAUGCUUGAGCUGGGCAUGCAGAGUGUGGUGGAUGUUGUGGGAGGAGUGGAGGCCUGGGCGCGAGAUGUUGACCCCGACUUCCCGUUGUACUGA